AUGAAUCGUUUGGAAAAAUGUAACGAAUUGCAAAGGCUGAAACUGGUUGCAGUUGAUGAGGUGCAUUGCUGUUCGCAGUGGGGACAUGAUUUUCGACCUGAUUUCAAAUUUUUGAAUAUUUUAAAGCGCCAAUUUCCGAGUGUUCCGUUGAUUGGAUUAACGGCUACAGCCACAGCAGAUGUUGUUGAUGAUGUGAAGAAUAUCCUGGGAAUUCCAGGUUUACUUUCUUUUUAUUAUGUUCCAAAUUCCGGGCCCUUCUUUAUUUGCUGCGGUAGAGGAAAACACAGAGAUCACUAG